AUGUACAUCAUAUUGUUGCUUGCUUCAGCAUUCAUCGCCCUUUGUUCUGCUGAUAUCAAAACCGACCACGAAGUGAAAUCUCUGCCUGGACUUGAUUGGCAGCCGGAGUUUAAACAUUACGCUGGCCUGCUUAAUGUUUCAACGACUAGAAGUCUUUCAUAUUGGUAGGCAACUUAAAGCUUUUAAUUAUUAUACUUCAUAUAUCGUAAAAGACCUAUUGAUUUAGGUUUGUGGAAUCGCAAGGAGACAAGGACCAUGACCCAUUGGUGUUGUGGUAAGCCCAAUAUUUUGUGACCAGUAUUUGUGAAGUUAAAGUAAUUCGUAUUUACUACAGUAUAAUUUCAGGCUGAACGGAGGUCCUGGUUGCUCUUCACUCUUUGGAUUUCUUCAAGAACAUGGACCAUUUUUGCUGGCUGAAGGGGAUGACAUAGAGCUAAAAUUACUCAAGAAUCCGCACUCAUGGAAUAAGGUACGAACACUUCAUCAAUCGCUUGGAAGAAAAGCUGCUGCUCAAUAGUUAUAUUGACGUAUAAUAUUUUCAGUUUGCCAAUGUCAUAUAUCUUGAAGCGCCCGCUGGAGUUGGGUUCUCACAGAAUGACUUGUUUAGCAGCACCGUCUACAAUGACAAUAAUGUAAGGAUAACUGUUUGUACUGCACUAACCGUCCACGUUUAACAUAUUUCAUUGUCUUAUUUCAGACUGCGGUUGACAAUGUCAUCUUCCUGAUCGCUUUCCUCGAAGCGUAUCCCGAAUACAAGGGUCGUGAUUUUUACAUUACUGGUGAGAGUUAUGGUGGGUGUUAUGUUCCGACCUUGGCAAACAAACUGCUGGAACAGAAGGCACACGUGGAAUUAAAGCUGAAGGUAAUAGUAUAACAGCUAAAUCCGCAUAUUAUUAGGUCUAGAAGUAUGACUCCGCCGUUUUUUUGUUUUGCAUUUUUUUACAGGUUGCUGUAAGGUUUAAGAAUUUCUUUUGAGAUCUUCUGAAAGAGCUUUCAAAACGCUAUCUACUGAUAUAUGUUUUGUAUAGUAGGGCUUGACACAGCGCUUUUUCUGAAGCUUCAAAGAUGACCAACUUCGUCUCUGGAAAAUCGUCAUUUGCGGGAAAUUUUACCCCUCACGUGUAACGCGAGGGAAAACGUUGUUAAGGCAUCGAUUGCUUAGAGAAGCUUACGUUCCACCGAUAGCACACGAGCUGAGGCCGCAGCGCUUCGCUAAACACAAUGAUGUCAAAAAUUAGGUUGAUAUUUGGAUGGCUUCAAAACAGCCGAAAAAAUUUUUUUGGUGGAUUGAAAAGUUGACCAAAUUACGGAAACACCUCGUAAUUAAUAGUAGAAUGUAAAAUUGGAUGAGGUUUAGGGUAAAAAUUUUUUGCUAUGAUCAAAACAAUCAGCAGAAAAAAACGGCGGAGUCAUACUUCUAAACCUAAUAUAUUGAUUUUCGCAGGGUAUUUCCAUCGGCAACGGAGUCACGAAAAACAGCUACUUCAAAUUCAGUGAAGUUGCUUUAGGCUUUCACGGAGCCAAGAUUAGUCUGUAUAGUCUGGGAAAACUGUUGAGAGAGAUCUGCCCUUCCGGAUUCGACAAGUUUUGCGAAGGCAGCGAGGUCGUCAGCGACCCCAAAAUUCAUUUAAAAUUUACUCAAUCCUACAGGAAUAUGAUGAUGAGCAAUUCGGUGAAACGCGACAUCAAUAUUUAUGAUAUUAAUCGACGUUGUUACAGCGAUGUAGGAUGCUCUGGAAAUGGGAUUUCUCAGUAUUUGAAUCAGGUCGAAGUCCAAAGAGCUCUGCAUUUUGUAGCAGAGAAAGGCCAGAAGGUGGAGUGGGACGCGUGCAACUAGUAAGUCUCUUGUAGUCCAACGUGCUUCCCACCGUUUAUAAUAGAGGUUUUGUCCACACACUAUCAAAGAGUUAGAUAUUGUAUUCCAUGUACAGAAAAAAAUAGUCAAAACAUAUUCAAAAAGCUCUUAUGUUUCUUGCUGGAGGUGGGCUAUUUUGUCUUUGAGUGGCUUGCCAACCUUGUUUCUGCAGUAUCCUCCAGACAAAAAAGCAGUCACAUCUGUAGCUCUUUUAGUUCUUCAGAAAUGAAGUGUUCCAACAAUAAUAAAAAUUAAUCCAACUAACUCACAAACUAACAUUCACACAUAAACCUUUAGCACCAUCAAUAGACGGUACAUUGCUUGUGAAGACAUGACAGAUGACGUCAAGAACUUGCUCAAGAAGAAUGUCAAAAUCUUGUAUUUCUACGGAGAAACUGGUAGGAUGGUUUGCAAACCCCAAACUUCAAUUGAACAAAAGUCAUACCAAUAAUAAAUAAUUUAGAUACUGUGUGUCCCUUCAUAAUGGGCGACCUAUUCGUUCACCAAAUCGGCUCAAAUCCGGAGACCAUUCAAUGGUUUGUCGAUGAUCUUUACGCUGGAACAAAGACUACUUUUGACGGAGGUUUGAUUUACACCACCAUUGCGGAUUGUGGCCAUAUGGCUGCCGCAUGGAAGCCAAAACAAACCGCCAGAGCUGUUCAUCAUUUCAUCAACGGUAUAGAGGAUUGGGACAGUUAAUAAAGGGCUCAUAGUUGGCCACAAUUAGUCCGCAAAGAGCUUGUGCAUACGUGUUAAAGCUUUGAGUAAAAAAGUCAAAAAAAUUGUCAUAUGGUAGCUUGAAGAGCCAAAGUUAGCCGUUGUCGAUUUCCCAAAAGAAAUUUUUCCGAACUCUGCUUUUCUGUGGUGGAACCGUACGAUAUUUCGUCUCUAAACUACUAACAAUCUCUAACAAUAAAUGCCGAUUACAAUCAUUACGUACAAUAUCAUAUUAAUUUACGUUUGGAUCAAAGAAAGAGCAUGAUGGAAUUUGUCCUCAGAUUAUAUGUCAUUGUUUCCUCAAGGUUUAUAUAACACGCAAAUUAACAAACAAAAAAUAAAUGAAGAAUGGUCUGGAAAAUUGUGAUUUUGUUGGUUUGUAGCGUAAGCUUUUGUCUGGCAGGCAUAAAAAGCGAUCAUGAAGUAAAGUCGUUGCCCGGACUGGAUUGGCAACCGUCUUUCAAGCAUUAUUCUGGCCGGCUGAAUGUGUCCAAGACGCGGAGUCUGUCUUAUUGGUAAGCCCAUGCCUAUUAUAUUUUUUUACUUGACAACAAGACCUUGUCGCUUGGCGGUGGCAGUAAUUGACGAUUAUCUAAGGUUCGUUGAAUCCAAAAACAACAAAGAAAAGGACCAUUGAACCAAUAAUUGCCUCUGAGGCCGUUGCAAAGCGAUCUAAUCAUAAUCGUUUUAUUUUCAGUUUGCAAAUGUCAUAUACUUGGAAACUCCGGCUGGAGUUGGAUUCUCACAGAAUGGCGACGUCGAAAAGAUUCAUAACGAUAGCACAGUAAGUAUCUCCUAUAAAAAAAUUAUAUUUUCGUUUAAUACAGACAGCCAUUGACAACGCUAACUUCCUGAUUGCGUUUCUGGAAGAAUACCCUGAAUACAAAAGCCGGGAUUUUUACAUCUCCGGAGAAAGUUACGCCGGCUGUUACAUCCCAACUUUGGCUAACCAAAUCUUGAGUAUCAAGGAUCAAUUACAAGUGAAUUUGAAGGUACGAAAGCUGGCAAAAAUCGCGGCUUCACAUGCUAAUAUUCUCCUUAUCAUUUAGGGCUUAGCCAUAGGCAAUGGAGUCACAAGAAUGUUCGGUAUUCGAGGCAUGGCCUCCGUCAAUUUGGCUUUUCACGGCGCUGAACACACAGUAUACCAAUUGGGGCAAUGGAUGAGAAAGUUUUGUCCCACCGGAUUCGACAACUUUUGUGAAGGCGAAAGUGUGGCGAGAGAUACAAUGGAUGCAAAAGAAUUCGCCCAGUUGUAUAAAAAGACGAUGCAGCAACCACCGAUUAAGCGGAUCAAUGACUAUGACAUCAACCGGCCUUGUUACAGCAGUGAGGGAUGCUCUGGAAAUGGGCUUCCUCAGUAUUUGAAUCAGCUAGAGGUGCAGAGGGCUUUGCAUUUUGCCCCGGAAGGUGGAAGUGCUGUUAAAUGGAAGCUUUGCAUGUAAGAAAAUUAACGCAAUCUCUGAUUUACGAUUAAUUUUAGUGAUUUACAUUAUAAAGCGUGCACGGAUAUGACUGACAACGCCAAAAAUGUGCUGGCCAACAAUGUAAAAGUGUUGUAUUUCUAUGGAGAGACCGGUAAGAAUUUCUAUCAUUUUUUGUUCUACUCGAUCCAUAAGUACAAAGCUUUUACCCGGCGCAUUUAGACACCGUUUGCCCCUUCAUAAUUGGCGAUCUGUUUGCUCACAAAAUUGGAAAGAAUCCGAAGACUUCAACAUGGUUUGUCGAUGAUCUUUAUGCUGGAACAAAGACUACUUUUGAUGGAAACCUGACCUACACAACCAUUGCUGAUUGUGGCCAUAUGGCUGCGAUGUGGAAGCCGAAACAAACAGCCACAGCAGUGCAUCAUUUCAUUAACGAUAUUGGUGACUGGAAUAACUAG